AUGAGUUAGCUGCUGGAAAGUAUGUUGUUUUAUGUUAUUUUAGGUUUAAUAUAAUAAUUUAUACGUGAUGGAGAUGAAAAGCAGAGUGAAUAAAUAAGUCGUUAAGUAAUGUAAAAGCAUCCUGUUAUCUAUUUGUGUAAAUGUUCUGAGAUUUUAGAUGAUGUAAUUUAUUAAAUGUAUAUUAGAUGGCUGAAAUAAAUAGUGAAUAUAUCAGAGUGCUUAGAUUAACUCUUUAAGUUGCUGGAUUAUUAACUAAAACAGAAGAUGCAAAAUUAGCAGUCAUAUAAUGUACUUAAGUGUUAAAACGAAUUAUAAAUCGAAUAUUAAGUCAAACUUAAAUUUCAGAAGAGUUAAAUUAAUUACUAACUGAUAUCCACAUUAAAUUAAUGGAUGUUUUUGAUGAAUUGAUUAUUAAUCAUAUUUCAGAUUUUUUUGAAUCAGGACGUGUUCCUGAAAUAGUUAUUUUAAAGAUAAUAUAGUAGAUUUUUGAAUCUUAAAGUAAAGUUUUAAUUAAAUUUGUUUAGGUAAAGAAUAUUUUAGAUAAUUUUCAUAUGAAAUCUUAUAAAAGAUUCUAUCAUCUCUAUCUCUUGUUAAAACUGAUUAAUGUAGAUUAGAUUAUUGUUCAUUAUUAUAAUCUAUUUAUAAAACACUUAAUUAUUUUGAAGAGAAUUAGAUAUAGAUAAAUUAAGAAUAGGUAUAAAAUGUGAGUUGGCUUAUAUUUGAUUAAAUUAUUAAAGAUUGGAUGUAGACAACAAUCCAAUUAUAAGUAUUAUCAUUAGUUGGAUUUAUGAGUUAAUUUAUAUCUAGAGAAAGAUUAGAACGUAGUUUAGAAAGAUUAACAUCAGUAUAUUUGAGUGUUUUAAAACAAAAGAAUAAUUAAUUAAGACCAUUAUUUGAAGGUUUUAAUAAAUUUUUGGAGAGAUUAUAUUAAUUAGAUAGAAUUGGAUAUGAGGGAAUCAUAAAAUCAAUAAUGGUAUCAUUAUAUGAAUUUUAUAAAAAUCCUAUUUUUUCUCCUAAUUAUCCAUUUGAUCCAAAUGCUUUAAAAUAUAAAAAUGAUUUAUUAACACUUUUACAAACAGUAUCAAAAUUCAAUAUUGAUAAUUGUUUAGAUUUAUUUAUAGGAAGAAUAAAUGUAAAUAAAAUAUAUAUAUUAUUUAGAGUAAAGAUUCUAUUGAAAGAGUUUCUUGUUUGUGGAUAUGCAAUUUUAUUUUAUCUAGAAAUUUUAAACAGAUUUCUGAACCAUAUAAAAGAUAAUUAGUUUUAUAAUUAUUAAAUUUAUAAUUUGAAUAAGAUUGUGAAGUAAGAUAUGCUAUUUGUGAAAUCAUAUUACAAAUAUAAUAUAAAUUGAAAGAUGAAGAAUAACCAAUUAAUUAAACAUAUUUAGAUGUGAAAGCUUUGAUAUUUUAUCUUUUCAAUUAAGUUUCAAUACAUGAUAAAGAAUUAGAAGAAUAUGGAAAAUAAAGGGCAGCUCCAUUUGAAACAACAUUAGAAGUAUGUUAUAAAUUUAAAUUUUGAAAGCUAUUGAAAAGUAGAGCAUAAAAAAUAUUGACAACACUUUCAUAAGAUUAAUAUUUUUAUGAUUUAUUAUGGCCAAUGGGAUUAGAAAUCAUAAAUAAUUAAAAAUUUUCACCUGGAUUAUCUCAUAUUUUUAAAUGUUAUACUUAGAUCUUAUAAAAAUUAAAUAUUAUUACAUAUAAUUCACCUGUUGCAUAACAUGUUAUAGUAGUUAGAAUGUUAUUAUUAAUAUAGAUUCCUUAUUUCUUUCCAAAUUUAGGAUAAGAAGCUGUUAAUUUUUUACCAUAUUUAAUAAAAACAUUUGAUUUAAAGGUACCUAGUAGUUUUCAUUAAAAUGUUGAUGCUUUAAAAUAAUAUCUUAUAAACAAAAGACCUUUGGAUGAAUUUUAUGAAGAAAAAGUAUAAUAAAUUUGGAAGGUUUGUUUAUCAUUAUUCAUAUAAAAUAAAGAACUCUCUUAAAUAGAGGAAGAUUUUUAAGUUUAACUUAGUAUGUAUUUAAAUUCACAAGCAUUAAGAUUACCAAUUAUGAAAAUGUAAGCUACAUUAAUGAGUUUUCUUACUAAUUAAGAAACUAUUAAAUAUAAUCUAGAUAAAUUAUUUAGUAUUUGUCAUUAAGAAUAUACAAAUUAAGCAUUAAAUCUUAAUGUUCCAAUUUAAGAACCAGAUUUUAAUCUUAGAUUAUGUGUAGCUGAAUGUUUUGGUUACAUAGGUGAAAGACAUACACAAUUAGUUUUAGAUAAAGUGAAGUCAAUUUUGAAUUGUGAAGUGAUUUAAAAGAAGAAUACUGGUUCUUUUAAGGAAAGUGUUUUAUCAAUAUUUUAAAAAAGUGGAAGUGAUGAAUAUUUAGCUUCAUUCAGAGCUACAUUACUUAUAGCAUAUGGUUGUUUAGCAAAAUAAGUUUCAUUAGAAAUAUUAGAGAAGAAUAUCUUACCUAAUGUUAUGCCAUUUAUUGGACAUGAAUAAUUAUUCAACUCACUUUAAAUAUCUUUAGAAUCUAUUAGUAAAGCUAUUGAAAGAUAAAUUGAGAAUACUGAUGAAGCAGCAGCAUCCUCUUUUUUAUUAAGUUACUAAAAAUAUAGAGAUUAAGUGUUGAAUCAUUGUUAAAAAAAUAUUACUAAGGGUAAUGUAUUUAGAAAUCUUAAUACAAUUAAUUUAUAAUAUAGAUUAGCACCUAUUGAGUAUAAUAAAGCUAAAUAAUUAUUGAGUUAACAUUUAGAUUAGAAAUAUGAUUUAUCAAUUGAAUAAGUCAAUAUUACAUUUUAAAAUUGUUUUUUAUUAUUUUUAGGAACAAUAAAAUUGGAAGAAGAAUCUUAAACUAUUUCAGUUUGGUAAUCUUUAUUAUAUUUAAUAAAAUCAAUAAAAGAUAAUGAUUAAUUAAUUGAAAUUUUAUAGAAAAGUAUUUAAAGAGUAAAAUUGAAAAUGGAAUAAAAUCAUAAGAAUUAUUUUAAAGUAAUUCUGACAUUAUUAUCAAUAUUAUACCGUAAUUCAAAUGCCAAAAGAUCAGUUGUUUUGAUUUUAGAAAAGAUUAUGUUAUCUUUGGGAGUAUAUUUGGAUAUAUAUUAAAAAACAGAUGAAGAAUUCAAUACUUAAUUAAUUAAAUCAUUAAGAGAGAAAUUGCAUCAUAAUGAAUUAACAACAUUAUUGUAAGAAUUAUAGAAUCUCAUAAAUGAACCAAUUAUUGAAUCACUACAUGGAUUUGUUUCUCUUAUUUAAUGUAUAUAUCAAAGUGAAUAUAAUGAUCUAAAUAGAAUAGUAAGUCUAAUGUAAUCAAUUUGUCAAUAAGGUACAGGAUCAUCUUAUGAAGAAUUAAUGUAAUAUUUUUAUUAUAUUAAUUAUUUUUAGUAAUUCUAAUUUAAGUAAAGCAAUGGAUUUAAUAGCUUAAAAUAAUUUGAGUGAUUCCUUAAAAAUACUUUUGGAUAAUCAAUCAGAAUUUCCAGUCGGUAUGUUUCCAAAGUUAUUUCUCAAUUGUGUAAGUUAAAAGAAAACUUAUAUGGUAUAGAGCUUUAAGUUUUUAACAGAUGUUUUAAAUAAUCCAGAAGGAAGUAAUUAAAUAUUAAUAUAUUUUUAGUAAUUACUGGAGAUAUUGGAAAUUAUUUAGUUAAUGCAUCAUUAUUUAUUGGAUAAUUAUUGAUUGAUGAAAAUAAAAUUUUAGCUGAAAUGUUACCAAAAUCAAUGGCAAGUAUAUUGGGAACAUUUUUAUUAAGAUUUAUGACUUGUCAUGAUCCUAAAUUAUCUGGAUCAUCUUAAUCAGUUUAGACUACUAUUUGGGCAUUUUAAAAUUUAUUGACUAUUUGCAAUAUUGAAGGAAUAUCAUAGCAUGUUUUUAAGAAAUUGUUAAUUGAAGAAGAAGUUGAAGAUGGAGUAUAGGAAAUUGUUAUGAUAUAUUGUAAAGGAGCAUCAUUUUAAGAUUAAUAGAAACUUUUUAAUUUUAUAGAAGGAUUUACUAAAAAAGAAUAAGCAUCAUAUAGAUUAGGUGCAAUAGUUGUUAUUAGUUAAUUCAUUAAAAGUUAUAAGAAAGAAUAUGCUUAAUAGAAUGUUUAUGAGAAUCUUUUGAAAACUCUAUUAGAAUCAGCUGAAGAUGAUAGUGAUAAUGUAAGAGCUUAAGUGGCAUUUGGAUUAGGAGGAUUAUCAUAUUAUUUAAAAUCAGAAGAGACAAUUGAAUAAGAGUUAUUAUAAGAAAUUAUUGAAUGUCUUAUAAGUUUAUUGGAUGAUUAAUAAGAAAUUUGUGUUAGAAGUGCAAUGAUUAGUUUAUAAAAUUUAGUUGAUUCAUAAACUGAUUUUGUAGCAUACAUUCCAUAGUUAAUUUUUACAACAACAUCAAAUUUUGAAAAAACAAUGACAAAAAUUAGAAUUUCAGCAUUUUCUCUAUUUUCAAAAUUAUGUAAUACUUGUUUUGUAGAGAAUAUAAUGAAUGAAUAAAUAAUGUCUUAUUUGAGAUAAGCAUUAGUAUCAGUAAUGCUUCAUUUAUUAGAUGAAAGUGUUUAAGUUAGACAAGUAUGCAAAUUAGCAUUGGAACCAAUUGGAAAUUUACUUCAAAUACCAUUACUUAAGUAAUAUUAUAUCAUUUAUUAUUUUAGAUAAUUAUCCAAUAAUGAAAUUGAAAGUGAAUUUGAAAUGAGUCAUUUGGAAGAGAAUGAAAAAAUCAUUAUGAUAAUGAGUAUAAAUUUAGAAUAAGAACAUUUAAAUGUAAUUAUAAUUAUAUAUUAAUUAGACUUAUAUAAAAGCAUUAAUAGAAUUUUGUAAGAGUCCAGAACAUAAUAUCAAGGGAGCUGCCUUAUUUAGUUUGAUUAUUCUAUUAUCAUUUAGAGAAAUAGGAGAUUAUAGAGCACAUAUUGAAUAAUUAUGCAAAGAUAACAGUAAAGCAAAAUUGAUUACAAAAUAAUUGGUAAUGAAGGCAGCAUACUAUUUAUGAUAUUCCUAAAAAUAUAUAAGAAAUGUGUAU